UGCCUCGUACGCAUCAAACCGACCUCCUCUCCACUCUCCAUCCAAGAGUUGCUUAAGACAAUGCUCGCUCGCAUUACCGUCGCCUUCGCUGGUCUCGCUGCUGUCGCCUCCGGUGCGUGCUCGACUCCCUCUUUCGGAAACUGUGGCUCCGAUGCCGCCGGAGCGAGCUGUUGCCAGAGUUCGCAGUACUGCCAACCUUGGAAUACCAACUAUUACCAAUGCCUCAAUCUCCCCGCCAAGUGCACGCAGCAGUUCCCGAACGUCGACUUCUACGGGAACGACAUCACGACCAUCUACGGCAUUCAGCCCGGUGAGUGUUGCACGCGCUGCAGCCAGACUGCUGGUUGCAAGGCUUACACUUUCGUGAAUAGCAAUCCGGGUCAACCGGCAUGCUAUCUGAAGAGCGGAACCGGAACCAGAACACCCUCCGUUGGAGCAGUCUCGGGUAUCUUGACGGGAUCGUCAACGACCCCGACCCCGGCGCCGACGCCAACGCCAUCAUCGCCGACCUGCACCACGGCACCAUACGGCACCUGUGGUUCCAGUAACGGAGCUACGUGCUGCCCGAGCGGCUACUAUUGCCAGCCGUGGAACGACACUUUUUACCAGUGCAUCCAACCACCAGCGAAAUGCUCCAAGCAACUCACUGACAAGGAUUACUACGGAAAUGACAUUAAGACUGUCUACGUGAGCCUCCCAUCGCUUUGCUGCGAUACCUGCGCUAGCACGGCCGGGUGCAAGGCGUACACGUACAUCAACAACAACCCCGGUCAGCCUGUGUGCUACUUGAAGAGUGCUGCAGGAACUGCCACCACCAAGGUCGGAGCUGUGUCGGGGACUCUCAACUAGAUGUCGCGACACAAAGCAAGCAGCUUGUGGCCUUCAACCGUGAGCGAACUCAUGGUUCCCUCGUAACGAGGAUUUCUCUGUUUUAGCUGAAAACGAAGCCAACUCAAAUGCAUGCAGUUUUUACUUUCCUAAUAGCUUCUCGUCCUGUGCAGUUUUCCUCUUUUUCACCAGACCAAUGAAC